AUACGCAGUUACCCUAAAAUUUUUAACUAAUUGAUUUACAUUGGAAAGCUAAGAUAACUUUGAGGUACCUAAGUACCUACUUGUGGCUCUAAUUGAUUGAUGAAAAAGUAUAUAUUAUGAACUUGUUUUAUCUUCAGAUGGAUGGCAAUGUUGUCCACCCUCACCCAGGUGUGGUACACGGGGUGCCAGGUGGAGUGGUCCAUGGAAUGCCAGUGCAUGGCGCAGGCCCUGACGGAGAGCAUGCUCCACAUGGGCCCCGUCGUCGUUAUCAAAAUAGACCAAAACCAACAAACAAUUCGGAACGUUUGCCACUUGAUGAAGCUGCAAAAAGAGAAAUGGAGUCUCUACCUAUGAAGACACCUGUAUCGGUGCUCCAAGAGUUACUAGCACGACGUGGCACUGUCCCGAAAUACGAGUUAGUCCAGAUUGAGGGCAUGAUCCAUGAACCAACUUUCCGUUACCGUGUUACAGUAGCCGAUCUUGUUGCUAUGGGUACAGGUCGUUCAAAGAAAGAAGCUAAACAUUCAGCUGCUAAAGCUUUAUUAGAUAAAUUGACAGGAGCAGCACCAUCUGAUCCAUCUACAAAUGGAAAUGUACCAGAGGCGGGUGCUGUGGUAUCAUCUUUCGAAGAUAAACUGAUGGGUAAUCCUGUUGGCUGGCUGCAAGAGCUAUGUAUGUCCCGCUUUUGGCCCCCACCAUCUUAUCAUGCAGAAAAUGAUGACAAUGUCAAUAGGCGAUUACCACAUGAGCGUCAGUUUACCAUUGUUUGCACACUCUUGAAGAGACGCGAAGUUGGUACAGGCAAGUCAAAAAAACUUGCUAAGCGUCAAGCGGCUUACAAAAUGUGGCAAGCUUUGCAAGAUAACCCACCAGAAUCCUUCCAACCUGAUGAAGAGGGCGGAGUAGCGGCCCGUUAUGCCGACCUGAAAGAUAGUAAAAUCUCCACUUUGACUACCAGUCACAGCCACAAGGUGUCGCAGUUUCACAAACAUCUCAAACAGUCUGUCGGCCCUAACCUGGCCAAGUUGCAGGUCACUCCGUUAAACAAUAAGGACUUCAAUUUCGUGCAGUUCUUGCAAGAGAUCGCUUCUGAGCAGUCAUUUGAAGUGACCUAUGUGGAUAUUGAAGAGAAGUCUAUGUCUGGUCGUAGCCAAUGUUUGGUACAGCUAUCGACAUUGCCAGUGGCGGUGUGUUACGGAGCGGGCCUCACUAGUAAGGACGCGCAAUCCUCCGCGGCUCACAACGCCCUCGAAUACCUCAAGAUCAUGACAAAGAAGUGAAUAGUUCAACGUCUCGCGACAUCAACGCUCACGUCCAAUGCCCACCACCCAUGCUUUCUAAGUGAAACUGAAAUUUGUACCUAUAAAUUUGUGUUGCGAACAGCAUCGGCAAUCGCGCUAAGGUCUGCGCGGUUGAUGUCGCUAGGUUUUGAGCCUAACUUAUCUUUAUCACCACUUCCCAUUUGAGUAAUGGCAUCCUGCCUGUGUGCCAAUAGCACUUCGGGCUAUGCUUUAUGCCUGGCAUAUUUGCAGUAUCUUACUUGUGAUUUUGUUUUGGUAUAUAUAUUUUAUUUACCUAUAGGUUUAUUUGGAAAAAGAUUGAAUAUGUUAUUUUAUUUAUUACAUUUUCUUGUCAAAAAUAACAUUAACAAGUGAUUUUUCACUUGUAUUAUUACUGCUAAUGUGCGAGGAUAAUUUGCAUAGCCCGUAAACAUAAAGAAACAAAGUAUGGAGUGGUCAUAUAACAAAUACAAGCUAUACUUUGCAUAGAAUUAGUGUAAUUUUCCCAGCGUGGAAAUUACUUAAAAAUAUAAAAUAAUACAAAAAAAAAUUAAAAAUGUAUAAAAUAAACAAAAAAAGUGUGGACUAUAUAUUUCCAGUUUAAUAUUCAGCAUUAUUUAUUAGGCAUGUUUUUUGCAUUCAUUAAUAUUUAAAUGAAAUUAUUGUGUACUUACCCAAAACCUUGACCUUAGCUUUAAAUGUAUAUCAUAAUCAAAGUAUUGCAAUCAACUUUUAUUUUAAACAGGCAUCUAUUUAUACAAGAGUUUAGUUAUAUGGUGUGUUAGAAGAUUCUUUUACAUGCUGAGCAUUAAACGGAAAAAGUAUUCUCAGCUAGUAUUGUCUUGUUGACGAACUGUUUAACCUUUGCUUUGUAACAAGCUCCGAAAUUAUAGUUAACUUGAACUCGGAAAGAACUUUUUACAAAGUGCAGGGGUUGGUAUAUGGGACGACACAUGACAUAAUGUGGAGUGGCAGGAUUGAAUUGUAUUUUUUUUAAUCAACUUUGAUGUCAGUAUCUCUUAGGUUUUCUUUUGAAUACAUGAUGGAAAACUUUGCAGGGAAGCUGAGAACUAUGUGUUAGAGUGAUAUUUCACUGGAAUAAGUGAUUGCGAAGUUAGGAUCCCUUGCCUGUGAAAAUGGGCAUUAUUUUAAUGCAAAGUAUAGAGGUUGUAACAAAUUCUAUCUGUUCAGUGUCGUCGUCGGUGCUGGUUUUUGUCGGCAAUGACGAGGAUCCUGCACGCACCGAGUUUCUUUUAAAUUGAAUGGUGUGAGUUCAACCUGCCCUUGUAUAACAUCGCACUGUUCAAGUUAGAAAAGACUAACAGAAGUAAAGGAUUGGAGUUCUGUUCAACCAAGACCGACUAAAUAAAUAUUAAUGCCCUACCAUGGGCCAUUAUUCAUAAAUUGUUUUAUGUUUAGUGAGUCUUGGUUUUACUUGUUCUUCUGACCAAACGUCAAGAACAAAUGUAAUUAUAAUAAUCGUAAUGUAUGUAGAUUAACGACACAAUUUUAUGAACAUUAGCCUCUUCUCUACUUAUUAUAAAAUGAAUUUUGUAAAUUUUAAGAUUUUUUGCUGUGCAGUUUACGCAUUGAAACUUCAAUAAAUUUUGGUGUUGCUUAAAUGGAUU